AUGACGGAUAGUAUUACCGAUAUCCAUGUUGCUGAUGAUGAUGAGCAUCAUCAUCAUGAGGAGGAAGUGAAUAAGGAUCCUUAUUAUCUAGAGGAGGCUGAGUACAUUAAAACGGAACAUAGAUGGCGUAAUAGACAACGCGUAUUGGUAUUUGGUAGUAGAGGCAUAACAUCACGAUAUCGUCAUUUAUUGGAAGAUAUUAAAAGGAUAUGUGUCCAUAGUAAAUCAGAACCUAAAGUAGAAAAGAAACAAAGGUUACAGGAUUUAAAGGAGAUAUGUCAACUUAAGAGUUGCAAUAAUUGCAUAUAUAUGGAAUGUCGUAAAUCACAAUAUUGUUAUAUGUGGUUGGGGUGUAUGCCUAAUGGUCCUACUGCUAAAUUCCAAAUACAUAAUGUCCAUACCCUUGGUGAAAUGAAGCUUACUGGUAACUGUCUACAUGGUUCAAGACCUCUACUACACUUUGAUGCUGCUUUUGAUAAUAAUACUACUACUCCACAAUUAAUGUUAUAUAAACAGAUGUUCAUAAGGAUGUUUGGGAUACCGAGGAAUCAUCCUAAAUCUAAGCCUUUCUAUGAUCAUGUUAUGGCAUUCUAUUGGUUGGAUAAUAAGAUAUGGAUUAGACACUAUCAGAUCAGCCCUGAGGCCGCCGCCGCUACUGAGUGUAUGAAUAACCCUAAUAAACAGACUCUCACUGAGAUCGGCCCUAGAAUGGUAUUAGAACCAAUGAUAGUAUUAUCAGGUAGCUUUAGUGGUGAUGUUAUAUAUCGUAAUAUACGAUAUGAAUCCCCUACUGAGAUGAGAAGGCAGUUGAAGCGGGCUAGAGCCGUGGAACAUGAAGCAAAGGUUGUUGAACAUGAGAAGUCUAAGAUGCGUAAGGUUGCUGCUAAUCUAGAGGAGGACCAUCUUGAUGAGAUAUUUGUUACUACUACUAGCCAUCAUCAUAAUGAAGAAAAGUAUUCCUCCUCCUCUUCCUUAUCCGAUGAUAGUAAAGAGUAG